UUUGCGAAUGUAAAAGAAAGGAAGAUAAAAAUUGAUUUAAGAAAACAAAACAAUAGAAAAUAUAUAUCGGAGUUUUAUUGAGUUUCUUUAUCUAUUAAAUUAAAUAAUCUUAAUAGUGAUAAUAUGAACGCAGUUAUUGCCCUGUGUCACUUCUGUGAAGCGCAUGGCCCUAAUGCUAUAUUCUGUACGCAAACAUUACGAGAUACAAAACUUGAAGAACUGCAGUUGAAUCAACAACAUGUAGAAAAUAAAAUUUGUUCUGCGUGCAAUUCCCUUGGACAAACUAAUGGCAUGUACAGUAAAGAUAAUGAAAGCGGAGCUACUUUCUUAAGCACACAGACAGCCGCAUUGGCGGAUGUACAACUGCUAGUUAAACAGGCAGCUGUGCGAAGUCUCAGCUGCGAAAUUAACUCCAAUAAAGAUGGAGGUUUUGUAUUCUUUGGUGACUCUUCAAGGGGACAUGUGUUAAGUCAUACAUUUCAAGUGAACGAUUUGCAGGCACGCGGAUUCUACCAACUCUUCUCAAUAAUUGUUCUGAUGAAGGAUAAGUACUUUCUUCUAAACACAAAACCAUUUUUAGCAGAACAUCUACGCAAAAUAUCCGCAGACAUACAAGCAUCUGCUAAAAAAAUUAAUGAUGAGACCAAGGAAUUACCCCGUCAACAACGGUUAUCCAGUGCUCAAGUUUUGGUACAAACACCACGUUCUUUAGUAGAAUUAACUGGUGAAGAGAAUAUUUUUGCAUACUUACAUUCACAUUUUUCGUGGAUACUGUUAGCGGGCUCACGAUUUCUAACAGAGCAUGUAACUUUCGGCAAUUUGCCUUGGUUACCGCCACAAAGCAGUGAUAGGCCACCGCAACAGCGUUUGACUUAUAACAUAACAUUACCAAUGAUACAAAAGUAUGAGGAAACUAUUAAUGAUCCGGAGCGUGAGGAGUUUUAUUCGCUAAGACAUGUGAAGGAAGUCGUACGACGAGAAUUUGACACAGUCGUUUACUGUGCUCUAACUGGAAUAAAAAUAAUUGUACGCGGCAGCUCAGAUCGUACGUUAAACUUUAUGUUGUGUUUGAAAAAACUACUUCCAGAACCUAUGCAUAAUCUCAUGCGUAUUGAUGCACAACAUCAACACUCUAUUAGUUCGGACUAUAAAAUAAUAUCUGUAUCGAACGAAAUAGCAGUACCGAUGGCCUGCAGCUCUGUGUAUCGUGUAGACUUUUUAGAUGAUUCCGCUGAUGGUCAGAAGGUUUGUGUAAAAUGGCCAGGAGAAUUGCCGAGAAAAUGGCCCGAUUUGAUGGUUAAAUUGAUGAAGGCAGUGGACGAAAAACGUUUCACACCACUGGUGUUAAAUAAGCAAACAAAAGUGAUAAUCGAAGAGUGGAAAAACAAAGUCAUAUGUCUAAACCGCGCAAAGUCUGCCAAUGGUCAAGCAAAGCUAAGAAAAGUUUUAGGCGUGCAAGCUCAGGACCAGCCAUUAAUUAAUUACUGGAGUGGGCAUUUACAAUAGGAUCAAAUGUAUAAAUAUGUCUCAAAUAAAAACCUGUGUAUUGUAAACACUACAAUAACAAUACUAGUGAGGAUGUCUAUAUAUUUCAAAUUAAUUUAAUUUGAUGUACAUAUUAUAAAACUUUCAACUUCAAAGGUAAUCAAUCAUUGGUUGUAAUUUCAAUAAAUACGAAACAGAUUCAAUGAUUUUAAAGCACUAGUGCUACACCUUGUUAAAUCGCGUUUUGUCCACAUAGUUGCAGAAUAUAUUUUGGUUUAAUCUUUUAGUAGUAUUUCUAAAAAGAGCAUAAAUAUAGGUUAACCCACUUGUAUCUACGUUGCGGCACAUUUCCAUAGCACAGAAUUAACCUCAUCUAACUAACUAAGCACUUAAAAACACAUAUUUUACUUUGGAAAACAUUAAAAGUAAUUAAUCUUUUAUUUGUAUUAUUCAUAUAGUGCAGGAUGACAUGCACUCUAAAGGUAUAACCUUUGUCACAAAUAUGAAUAUAGCGGAUGUACACAAUCUAAUAACUAAAGUAUAAACGUGUAAAACCGAUUGUUUACUUCUUGUAACCGCAGCUGGAGCGACGACCACGAGCACG